AUGGAACUUCCUUGCGACUGCGACGGAGAAAAGUACUUAUUGGCGAACCAGGACCAAGCCCUAUCGAUCUGCAGCACCAGAGCGACUUCGCGUGGUCGUGGUCAGCGCGUGGUGUCGUACAGCCUUUUCGGCUCGCUGUCGGAUGGCGGAAGGGCGUCGUACAUAUACGAAGAAUAUGUCACCGAGCUCUUGCAAAAUGUGAAGGAGAAAUAUCCAAGCUGGGUGAUGCGGAUCUAUACGAACUACGAUCCUGAUAUCCCCGACCAGAGGGAAUGGAUGUGCGGGAUCCAGUGCAACCAGUCGCAUGUGGACUUCUGCUUCGUGGAUAGACUCCCCCAGUUGGGGAACAUCACAAGGGUGCAAGACCAAGGGAUGACAUGGAGGUUUCUCCCGGGGAUGGACCCCUUGGUGGACAUAUUUGUAUCGAGAGACACAGACUCGUUGGUGACGAACCGUGAACGCGAGGCAGUCGACGAAUGGCUGGAUUCCAAUUCCAUGAUUCACGCAAUGCGGGAUCAUCCCCAUCAUCCAUGGCACAUUCUCGGGGGCAUGUGGGGUGCAAAGACGAUCAUGAAUCGUUCUCUGAUGGCAAACCUGACCAGGGAGAUGAUCCUGAAGACUGAUUUGCAGCAUGGAUAUGGGUUUGAUCAAGAGGUUCUACGGUUGGUGCACGACAGCUACCACUGCACGAAGCCGGAAUUCCAAGGGCCGGAGUACCGGCCGUUCCCGAAGCAGCGCGAGGGCGGGUACUUCGUCGGCUGGGCCCGAAGAUUCGACCCUGCGGAAAGCUUAGUGCUAAAGUUCAACUGCACCCCUGAGUGCAGGCCGAAAGAUCACCAGGAUUGGGUAUUCUGCUGAUACACCGCAAACACGGGUAUAAUUUCAUGCUCAAAAUUCCUCAACUUUCAAUAAACUGAUGUUUCGG